AUCGCCUAAAUUUUACGUUGCAGUUGUGCUUUUUUUUCUACGUAAGUUUCUAAUGUUCGGGUAAUAUUUUCUUCUCAGUUAGGGUUUACGUAAUCCCAAUUUUCUCUACGCCAAAUUCUUUCAAAGCUUUUGUAUUGAAUUUGUAAUGGAGGAACAAGCAUCUCGUAGAAUUGCGAUGGAUAUUGAUUUGAAUCUGGAACCAAAUCCAGAUCAAUUAUCCUAUGCUAUCGGUGCUAUCAAUUUGAAUGAUGUGAUCAAUCCCCCUCUUGAUAGAAAUAGUAAUCUUCUUGAUCGUCAUACCUGGGAAAAUGUUUCCAUGGAAUUGGAUUGGUUUUUGGGUAUUUCUCGCAAUUCAAGUGUCGAAAGAAUUGCAGAAAUACCUCAACCACAACAACCAAGCCUUAUCGCACUAAGUGAAAUUAGCAAUGUUGGUGUUGCAUUGGAUAAGAGCAAGACAUCGGAGAAAAAGGAGAAUGUUGAUAACGGUUGUGGUAGUAAAGGAGGUUUCUAUGAUUGUAAUAUUUGUUUAGGUUUGGCUAAGGAUCCUGUUGUGACUCGUUGCGGUCAUUUGUUCUGUUGGCCAUGUUUAUAUAGAUGGUUGCAUUCGGGAUCAUACGGCAAUAAAGAAUGUCCUGUUUGCAAGGGGGAAGUUAAGGAUAAGAAGGUUAUUCCUAUAUAUGGUGGUGGGAAUGAUGUCGAGGUUGGUCACGAGGAUUCAAGCUCCACUCUGCAAAUCCCUCGCAGACCUAAUGCAAGGCGGAAGGACUCCAAUGCAAGGCAAUCAAGAGAGGGGAGAGUGAGGCAUCUAGGACGGGACAUAAUGACUAUUCAGUAGUGUUUGAUUAUUAUUAGCGUGUUUUGUUUACCAUUGUAAUGUGCUCCCAAAGCACAUCUAAAGCUAGUGCAUGAAAUAAUUGAGUUUCUAUGACAAUUUUAACUUUUUUGAACUCUCAAAACCCUUUUGUAGCAUCGUUUUAUAUGAAUUUUGAAACAUUUUAUUA